AUGAGUGACUCGCAUACUGGUGAAAAUCUUGCAUUUUCUCUUAAAUCGACCAUUGCUGAGUGGGAGUUGGAGAGACAUGGAAAGGGGCCUACCAUUACAACGGACAAUGCCAGUAAUAUCGUUUGUGGAGUGAAAGAGGCCAACCUCUCACCACACAUCCUUUGUUUUGCACAUACGAUCAAUCUCGCUACUCAAAGGGGAUUACAUAUCUCACAGACUGACAGACUUUUGGGAAAGUCUAGGAAAAUUGUGUUCUUCUUUCACAGAAGCACCACUGCGUCUGCCAUUUUGAAGAAUAAUCAGGCAAAGUUAGAAUUACCACAACAUAAACUUAUAAUGGAUGUCCAGACACGCUGGAACUCAAGUUAUGAUAUGCUGGAGAGAUAUACCGAACAGCAGGCGGCUAUAUUUUCAACAUUAUUGAACAAAGCUGUCAAGAAAAAUCUCAGGGAUCUGGUUACAUUAUCAGAUGGUGAUGUGGAAAAUGUGGAAACACUUAUACAAGUUUUGAAACCCUUGAAAACUGUCUCAAAACUGAUGUACAAUGAGCGAAAUCCAACGGUAUCACUUAUUCAUCCACUAAAAGAGACGCUCUUGAAACAACUGGAGGUUCUACCAGGUGACAAUGCACUCGUGUCAGCUGUCAAAACAGCCAUCAUCAAUGAUCUACGACCAAGGUACACAGGACCAAACAUUUUGAAAUAUCUCCACCAAUGCUCAGCUUUGGAUCCACGAUUUCGAUCCCUUCCUUUCCUAAAAGAGAAUGAACGACACGAAAUCUUUCACACACUUGCCCUGCAUGCAGCAACACUUGAUAGCUCUCAAGUAGUUGUAAAAUCAGAGCCCUCUAAGGAUGAUAGUGAAACAUUGACAAAUACCACAGAAACUCCUGCUUUGCCAGUGCUAGAUCCAUCACUUGCUGUCACUGAUGGUGCUACUGCUCAACCAAAAGAUGCUGACCUUGAUGAACCUGUGGAAAAGAAAAACAAGUGUGCAUUGGAUGAAUUAUUUGGGGAUGUGUUUGUUACCAGUGUUGAACCCCCUAAAAGUAUAUAUGACAGGUUAGAAGUUGAGGUCCAGAAUUACAAAGCAGAAACAGUCCCCUCCCUCGACUCAAGUCCACUCCAGUGGUGGAGACUAAGAGAAGAAAAAUAUCCGCUUUUGUCAAAAUCGGUCAGACAGUCACUAUGCGUACCUGCUACAUCUGUAGCUAGUGAGAGGGUUUUCUCUACUGCUGGAGACAUUGUUAAAGGGGCAUCACGGUGA